AUGAGACGCUGCUUCUUCUUCUGCCUCGUCCUCAGCUGCUGCUGCCUUGCUCUCGCUGGCUACACCGAUGUUCACCACCAAGGCUACUGUGCCACCUACGACAACUGUGGCAAAAAAUCCAUCUUUGGUGGUGAGUUGCCUUGUCCUGCCAAUGUUCCUGCUUCAAUUCCUACGCAAGACGACAAAGACUUGUUGGUCUCCAUUUGCGGUCCAUUGUGGGAAAACCAGUCCUUGGUCUGUUGCUCUAAUUCUCAGCUAAAUGUGCUCCAACAGCAAUUGAAGAAAGCUGAUAAUAUCAUUGCUUCUUGUCCUGCCUGUAGGGACAACUUCUACCAGCUAUUCUGCAGAUUUUCUUGCUCUCCCAACCAAUCUCAAUUUGUUAAUGUCACUCAAAUUCAAUCCUCUAUCUCAAAAAAACCUAUCGUCAAAGAAAUAGACCAGUACGUGGAUCCAUCUUGGGCUGAAAACUUUUACGAUUCCUGUAAGAAUGUCAAAUUUGGUGCCACCAAUGGUUACGCCAUGGAUUUAAUUGGUGGUGGUGCUAAGGAUUACAAACAGUUUUUGAAGUUUUUAGGUGAUGAAAAACCAUUGCUAGGCGGUUCCCCCUUCCAAAUCAAUUUCAAAUGGCCUCAGGAUGAUUAUCUAUCUUUACCACCCGACAUCAAACCUUCAAAUGGCCUUGUUAAAUACUGCAAUGAUUCAAAUCCAGACUUCAAAUGUGCUUGCUCUGAUUGUCCCAAUAGCUGUCCCACAUUACCAAACUGGAACGAAAAAUUGUCCUGUCAUGUUGGCCUUCUACCUUGUUUUUCUUUCUCCAUAAUUCUCCUUUACAUUAUAUUGGCGCUUUUUUAUUUCUCGGGUUAUCUAGGUUACCUUUACUACAACCAUUUCAACAUAAACAAAAACCUUUUACAAGAUGACUCCCUAGAUAAUACCACUCAUAAUAGUAUCGACGAUGAUGAGCUCGAUAGCAAUUUCACAAACGAUCUCGAUCAUGAUGAUAUCAGUCACCUCAGUGGUAGAUUGUUGUCCUCCUCACAGCACAACCAAUCCUACUUUAUAAAUAACCUACUAGAAAAAUGGUUUGGCAAAUUGGCUUUCAUUUGUGCUCUACAUCCCUGGAUCAUUAUCUCUGUCGCCUUGGCCAUAACUUUUCUCCUCUCCUCUGGCAUGUUCUUUAUCAAAUUAGAGAAGAAUCCAAUCAAUCUUUGGGUUAGCUCUUCUGCUGAGGCUUUCAAACAAAAACAAUUUUUUGACCAAAAUUUCGGUCCUUUUUACAAAGCUGAACAGAUUUUCAUUGUUAAUGACACUGGCCCGGUUUUAAACUACAAUACCUUAAAUUGGUGGUUUGAUAUUGAAACUAAGAUCAAUCAACUCUCUAUUGACUACAUUGAUUCCUCUGACGAAAACAACAUUGAUCUAAAUAAAAUUAACCAAAUUUAUAAAAUUUCUCUUGACGAUAUUUGUCUCAAGCCAACUGGUGAUGCUUGUGUCAUUGAAUCAUUCACUCAGUAUUUUCAAGGUGAUCCAAGUUUACUUGAUCCCAAUACAUGGGAAAAAGACCUAACUGAAUGUGCAACUUCUCCUGUAAACUGUUUACCACCAUUUCAACAGCCCUUGAAAAAAGAAUUGUUGUUUGGCGGCUAUCAAAAUAACGAUAUCUUAACUUCAAAGGCUUUGGUUAUCACUUAUGUUAUUAAUAAUAACAUAGAUGACCAAUCUCAAAUAUCCAAGGCUACUGAACAAUGGGAAAAACUGUUGGAAAGCUUUCUAUUAAAUAAUGUCACCAAAGAAGCUCAAGACUUGGGUCUAAGAGUAUCUUUUACCACAGAUAUCUCUUUAGAAAAGGAACUAAACAAGUCAACCAACACAGAUAUCAAAAUUAUAAUCAUAUCUUAUCUAAUGAUGUUUUCGUACGCUUCGUUAGCACUAAGUGGUGGUCUUCCAAGCUUUGAUAAUAUUGAUACUUUUGUUAACACAAAGAUAUCAAUUGGUUUAGCUGGUAUUUUUAUUGUUCUACUAUCUGUUAGUUCCUCAGCAGGCUUAUUUGCUUUAUUUGGAGUGAAAUCUACUUUAAUCAUUGCUGAAGUUAUACCCUUCUUGAUUUUGGCGGUUGGUGUUGACAAUAUAUUUUUGAUCUGUCAUGAGUUAAAGCAUAUGAAUCGCUCCUAUCCAAAUGAAUCUGUCCCAGAAAGAGUAUCUAGAGCUGUUGGAAGAAUGGGUCCAAGUAUACUAUUAUCAGCAACAUCCCAAUUUUUAGCUUUUAGUCUUGGUGCAUUCGUAGCCAUGCCUGCUGUUCGUAAUUUUGCGCUUUAUUCUGCUGGUGCUUCAUUUUUCAACACAUCACUACAAUUGACAGCUUUUGUUUCUCUCCUAGCUUUAGAUCAGCAAAGAACUGAUGACAUGAAAUUGGACAUUUUCCCUUGGGUCAAAGUUGAAAGUAUUAGGUCUAAAUCCAUAACAAACUCUGAAAGAGGUUUAUUGAUUCCCGAGAUAUUGAGCCAACCUGAUGAAACUGUAUUUUCGCGGUUGUUAAGAAAAUAUUAUGCUCCCUUUAUUUUAAAAAAGAAAGUGAAACCAGUAAUUUUGGCAAUAUUCAUCGCUUGGUUUGGAGUAUCAUUAGCCUUGUUUCCUAAAAUUAAGUUUGGUUUGGAUCAAAGAAUUGCAAUACCUUCUGAUUCUUAUCUUAUUGAUUAUUUUAAUGAUAUUUAUGACUAUUUCAAUACUGGGGCUCCUGUAUAUUUUGUAGUCAAAGAUUUAAAUGUUACUCAAAGAGAAAACCAGCAAAAAUUAUGUGGAAGAUUCUCAACAUGUGAUGAAUACUCCUUGACAAAUAUUUUAGAGCAAGAAAGAAAAAGACCAGAGUUUUCGACAUUAGCUGAGCCAGCCGCUAGUUGGAUUGAUGAUUUCUUUUUAUUUUUAAAUCCAGAUCUUGAUGAAUGUUGCAGAUUUAGAAAGAACACCAAUCAAACUCAGGUUUGUUCACCAUUUGACUCAUCAAGAAGAUGCGAGGCAUGUUUUUUAAACCAUGAACCAAAAUGGGAUACAAGUAUGAAGGGCUUUCCUGAAGGAGAGGAGUUUUUGAAAUUUUUAGAUAUUUGGAUUGAAACCCCUAGUUCACCGUGCCCUCUUGGGGGAAAAGCUCCAUAUUCUAGGUCAGUUGUUAUAAAUGAAGAAGGAGUGACAGUUGAAGCAUCCACUUUCAGAACAUCUCAUGUUCCGCUAAGAUCACAAGAUGAUUUUAUCAAAGGAUACAGAUCGUCAUUAAGAAUCACUUCAGAUAUAAAAAAAUAUACUGGACUAGAUGUUUUUGCAUACUCACCAUUUUACAUUUUUUUUGUUCAAUAUGAAACUAUUGUUAGUUUAACAUUUACGUUAUUAGGUACAGCGUUAAUUAUUUUGUUUUUCAAUUCUUCACUUUUACUUGGAUCAUUCAGAACAGCUGGUGUAUUAUCUGGAACAGUAUUAUUAAUUCUAGUUGAUAUUGGAGGAGUCAUGGCUAUUUGGAAUAUUUCAUUGAAUGCAGUUGCUUUAGUGAAUUUGGUUAUCUGCACUGGUAUUGCAGUAGAAUUCUGUACUCAUAUAGCCAGAGGAUUUACAGUGGCAGAUCAAUUAGAAUUUGGAGGUCGAAGUUGUGGCACUCGAGUCCAACGAUCAUUUCAUUCUUUGACAGGAAUUGGAGGAUCUGUGUUCGGGGGGAUAGCUUUGACCAAAUUAAUUGGUGUUUUUGUUUUGGCAUUUACAAGAUCUAAGAUAUUCCAGGUUUAUUAUUUUAGAAUGUGGUUAGCAUUGGUUGUUAUUGCAUCAUUGCACAGUUUGAUGUUCUUGCCAAUUGUUUUAUCAUAUUGUGGAGGAAGGUCGUAUAUUUUUUCGUCUAAAGUUAGUGCAGUCUCAGAUGAUUUAGCAUCAAGACUUCGAUUUAAUGAAAUAUCAGGUAAUGAUUCGGAUGAUUGA